GUUCGGCCAUGCCGCUUAUGAAACGGUGACGUCUCAGCGCGGCUUUCGAGGCCCUUAUCUCGAAUAUAAGUAGAGUGCAGAGAACUGUGUGAGGAAAAGUGAAUUAACAGCCAACCCCGAAACCUCUUCACUUGAUUUCACUUCAGGUGUUUCCAUCACGAACUUAGAACUUCAAGACACAUCAUCAUGACACACAACGGCCGAGUGAUCUCUUUACCUGAGGGAAAGGAAGGGAACCCUGCGAUCAAGCUAUCGGUUGCUUCCGAACCACUCAUUAAGCCCGGCACAUUACCACGUAUCCUUGUGAUUGGUGGUGGAGUGAGUGGUUUGAUGACUGCGUGGAUCCUCCUCGACAAAGGUUACCGGGUCACCGUCAUCUCCAAGGAGUGGGCCUGGACUAAAGACUUCCAACGCUCGCGAUUGACCUCCCAGAUUGCCGGCGCUCUCUGGGAGUAUCCCCCAGGAGGCUGUGGAUUGACUGAAAUCGAGUCUCCUGGAGGUGGCUGGGCUACCAUCCAUCACUACCGGGAAUGGUCUCUGGAGAGUUACGACUUCUACAAGCAAUUGGACUCGCUUCUCAGCGGCCGUCUCCGGACUGAGUUCGGCGUGGCUAUCAAAAAACUCAACCAGUUCUUUUAUCAUGAUCUGACUGCCCCCAACGAGGCCAAUACUGAAGACAUCGAAAAGCUUGAGGCGCUCAGGGCCGACUCUGAUAGGGUAAGCAAUCUGCAAGAGCAAAAGAAUAAAGAGGAUUUAGCGCCCCUUUUCGACAAUAUUCGAGUGCCCAAGGAGUGGCGCAAGAAGUUGAAGUACGGGUACACUCAUGAUGCGCCGAUCAUCAACACCGACAAAGCCAUGGUGUACCUCAUGGCGCUUGUCGAGAGCAAGGGCGCUGAAUUGGAGACCAAAGAACUGGAAGGCAAGCUUCAAGACCAGGGUAGCGAUCUCCUAGAGGAGUACAAGGCCCAAGCUAUCAUCAAUGCGACGGGCCUGGGUGCAAAAGAGCUCGUGGGUGACACAGACGUCUACCCGGUUCGCGGCGCCAUCAAACGUAUCUCGAACGACAACACAAACCGGUUCGAGGCUAUGAACGAAGCCUAUCUUGUUCCCGCUCAGGUGGGAGAUGAUAAAGAGCCUACUAAGGUCGUAUUCCUGGUUCCUCGAAACGACGAGACGUUGAUCGUCGGUUCGAUAAUCCAGCGCAAUAGUCAUCAGUUGAACCUCCAGGAGAAUUCUCCGGAUGUGGAGGUCAUGUGGGACAGGGCUUGCUCGUUCAUGCCCGGUCUUGACGAUGCCCCCACAGUUCCAUGGUAUCCUCUAGCCCAGGGUCUGCGCCCGUUCACGAAGAAGAAUGUAAAGGUCAGGGCCGAUGAUAUUCAGGUCAAGCCUCUCAUACACAAUUAUGGCCACGGGGGAUCAGGAUGGACGUUGGCUGUCGGGUGUGCGCGCUCUGCGGUCAACCUCCUGGAGCUUAUGUUGAGUGGAAUGUCAGCUGUCGAGGCGAAUGCAACACUUUAUCCCGUGUAAAAAUAAGGGAAUGUAUAGAAAUGGC